GACCGCUGGAACGGUUUACUCCAUUCACUGGAUGAAGAACGGCUUGCCUCUGUAUGCUGAUAACAGAACAGACUUCUCUAUGAACAACAAUACACUGACCUUCAACUAUGUCCAGGAUUCUGACAUCGGAGACUAUCAAUGUUCUGCUUCCAACCCCCUCAGCAACAUGACCAGCUCAAACUACAGACUGAUCGUCAACUAUGGACCAGAGAUGCCUGUUAUAACAGGACCAGCAUUAGGAGAAACAGGACACAACCUGACCCUCAACUGCUCUGCCUCCUCUCAGCCUCCCAGCCAGUUCAGCUGGUUCUUCAAUGGCUCCCGGUGGAGACUGGCUCAGUGUAUGAGACUGGCCCACUGACCUUAGCCAGUCAUGGGGAGUACACCUGUGUGGCCUUCAACAACAUCACUGGCAGAAACAGCACUGUCUCCAAGAUGCUCACCAUCAUUGCACCUGUGACCAUGACCAUGGUGAAAGUCAUUGGAGCCCAGCCAAUACUGAACGAGAGAUUCUCUCUGACCUGUGAGACCGCUGGAACGGUUUACUCCAUUCACUGGAUGAAGAACGGCUUGCCUCUGUAUGCUGAUAACAGAACAGACUUCUCUAUGAACAACAAUACACUGACCUUCAACUAUGUCCAGGAUUCUGACAUCGGAGACUAUCAAUGUUCUGCUUCCAACCCCCUCAGCAACAUGACCAGCUCAAACUACAGACUGAUCGUCAACUAUGGACCAGAGAUGCCUGUUAUAACAGGACCAGCAUUAGGAGAAACAGGACACAACCUGACCCUCAACUGCUCUGCCUCCUCUCAGCCUCCCAGCCAGUUCAGCUGGUUCUUCAAUGGCUCCCCGGUGGAGACUGGCUCAGUGUAUGAGACUGGCCCACUGACCUUAGCCAGUCAUGGGGAGUACACCUGUGUGGCCUUCAACAACAUCACUGGCAGAAACAGCACUGUCUCCAAGAUGCUCACCAUCAUUGCACCUGUGACCAUGACCAUGGUGAAAGUCAUUGGAGCCCAGCCAAUACUGAACGAGAGAUUCUCUCUGAUCUGUGAGACCGCUGGAACGGUUUACUCCAUUCACUGGAUGAAGAACGGCUUGCCUCUGUAUGCUGAUAACAGAACAGACUUCUCUAUGAACAACAAUACACUGACCUUCAACUAUGUCCAGGAUUCUGACAUCGGAGACUAUCAAUGUUCUGCUUCCAACCCCCUCAGCAACAUGACCAGCUCAAACUACAGACUGAUCGUCAACUAUGGACCAGAGAUGCCUGUUAUAACAGGACCAGCAUUAGGAGAAACAGGGCACAACCUGACCUUCAACUGCUCUGCCUCCUCUCAGCCUCCCAGCCAGUUCAGCUGGUUCUUCAAUGGCUCCCCGGUGGAGACUGGCUCAGUGUAUGAGACUGGCCCACUGACCUUAGCCAGUCAUGGGGAGUACACCUGUGUGGCCUUCAACAACUUCACUGGCAGAAACAGAACUGUCUCCAAGAUGCUCACUGUUGUUGAACCAGUCACCAUGACCAUGGUGAAAGCCAUGGGAUCCCAGCCAAUACUGAACCAGACAUUCUCUCUGACCUGUGAGACCACUGGAACCAUUUACUCCAUUCACUGGAUGAAGAACGGCUUGCCUCUGUAUGCUGAUAACAGAACAGACUUCUCUAUUGACAAUAAUACACUGACCUUCAACUCUGUCCAGCAUUCUGACAAAGGAGACUAUAAGUGUUCUGCCUACAACCCCCUCAGCAACAUGACCAGCACAGAAUACAGACUGAUCAUCAACUAUGGUCCAGAGAGACCUGUUAUCAUGAGUCCAGAUAUAGCGAUGACAGGAUACAUCGUGACCUUCAACUGUACUGCCUCCUCUCAGCCUCCCAGCCAGUUUAGCUGGUUCUUCAAUGGCUCCCAGGUGGCGGCUGGCUCAGUGUAUAAGACAGGCCCACUGACCUUAGCCAGUCAUGGGGAGUACACCUGUGUGGCCUUCAACAACCUCACUGUCAGAAACAGCACUGUCUCCAAGAUGCUCACCAUCAUUGAGGCUAUAACGUCGGUGACGGUGAAACUAAACAAAUUACCAAUAGCAUCUGACAACCUAACUCUCACCUGUGAUGUCACCGGGCACUAUGACACCAUCUACUGGAUGAAGGACAACCUGUCUCUGGUCCUGAACAACACCUUGAACUCUGACAUCACCAUCUCUAACAACUCUUUGCACUUCAGUCCAGUCAAGGUGUCUAACGAUGGAAACUAUCAGUGCGUCGCCACCAACCUCUUUGGUCCAAACACCAGCCCUAAAUACCAGCUACUGGUGAACUAUGGCCCUAAGAGUGUGAAUAUCUCUGGCCCAGUCUCAGUGGUGAUUGGCUCAGUAACCACAGUUACACUGAAGUGCUCUGCCGACUCCCGGCCAAUCAGCGAGUACGGGUGGAAAUUCAACAAUCAAUCAGUGCUUGGGACUGGACCUAUGAAAUCUGUUAUUGCCUCCUUGGAGAAUGCAGGGGACUACACUUGUGUGGCCAAGAACCCUGUGACCAACAUCUCAAUGUCCAAGACCAUUAGUCUGGAUGUUACUGGCCACUCGAAUGCCCCUCCAUUCCAGGCCAGAGUUGGUCUGAUGCUAACAGCCCUGCUAGCUCUCUCUCUCUGCCUCUGAUCAAGCACUGAGACCACCACAGUAAGCACACUGCAUGUCUGUCUGCUGGUUGGGAGCCAAUAACUCCCUUUCCUCUACCCUCACUGACUCAGAUUGUUGAUCUGAAAAAGGACUGGAUAGGAAUAAGUGGUAUUGUCGAUUUUUUAAUUGCCCCAUCUUGUCACCAUAGGGCUGGAUUUAGUAUGCUCAGCUCCUUUCCAAUGCUUUUAGAUUGUGAGGAGAGAGUCAACAAGAGGUCAGAUGGGAGGGAUCUAUCCCCUUAGAAUAGAACCCACCUCUACAGUGUGUUUAUAUGUCAAUCAUCUCUAUAAAUAACAACCAAAAUCUUGAAAACUGGUCUUCAACAUGGUCAUUGAAGGGGCAAACAUCCACUGCUCAGCUGCGUUGCCUAUUUCUGUUUCUAAUGAAAUGUUCUUAGAUAUUCACUGCCCUUAUGACUGUGACUAUUGCCCUUUCUGUGUUUGAUGAUGUAUGUAAACACUGUUCAAGCACAAAUUCUGGUUUAUUUAACUUAUAAAUACCUUAAAGUUAAAAUGUUUCAAACUAUAAUACAUUCAGCUGGUGUUUAUGUUUAACAUGGGUUGUUAUUCACAUUAAACACUGUAUAAGCUUGUAAAUCCUCAGAGGAGAUGCAGGCUUGUGCUAUUGUCUUAUAUUUAUAUUUCCUCUUCAUUAAUUAUAGUCUUAAAUAAAGUGCUGUCUUUUCA